CGUCCGUCAUGGACAGUUGGUGCUGGAUGCUUACACGGAGUCUCUGACACGUGCGCAUACGGUCAUAUAUUCAAAUGGACAAAUACGGACUAUUUAAGAUGAAAUUUAAAUUUAGAAUUAAGUUUUUCGCGGUUUUCGGUUAUUGGUUGAUGAUUGCGGUGGGACAAUUUGGAGUUAAUCAAGCUCAAGAACUGACGUGCUGUAGUCAUACAACUGGAACCUGUAGAAGUGUAUGUGAAAAUAUAUCCCUUGUAAAAUUGGCUGGAGAUUUAGAGCUCAGAAAUGAAACUGUCAGCGAAGUACAAAAAUAUUGCUCAGAACAAUUGGUAGCUUUUUGGGAAUGUCUUAACGCCACAAUAAAUGAUAUGUCCAGAGGUGAUUCUUGGCCAGGAAGAAGUUGUUGUCCGAUUCCGCACAGCGAAAGUUGUCGAAGAGCUUGCGUAACUGCCACGUCCACAAGCGAUUUAACAAGAAGUUGUCGGCCUAGUGACGAAAUACCGUUUUUCUCUUGUAUAGAUAAGCAACAAAUCGGUGAAGACUGUUGCAGUAAUGGUAAAAGUCCAGAAUGUGUGGAAGCAUGUCGUGAUAUUUUUCGUAGUCAGCUAACCCCAACCAAAUACCAAAGACAAAGACUGAAAGAGGAAUGCGAAUUGAGCAGUCCUAAAGUUACCGAGUGCGUUAAGGAUAUUGUUAAGGUUACACCAGCCAAAGAUGCUUUAAAACAAAUCCAUUGCUGUGAUAAAUCCAACAACAUAAAAUGUAGAGAAACUUGUCAUGAAAUACUACCAAAAGCAAGCACCAUUCAAGAAAUUAUCGAUGCCCUACAAUUAGGAGGAUGUGGAUUACUUUUACCACAAGACAAAUUCUGGCAAUGUUUCUUCUACAGCCCAAAAGACGGGGUGAGUAGCGGCGGCAGCUCCACUGGCAUAUCCAGAAUCGAACGAGUCGGCAUGGACAGUGCCAAGUGGCACUGCUGCCAAACUGCUAAUUCCACUCAAUGUAAUCGAUUAUGUUCGAAAACUUUCACCAAAUCCUGGUCGACUUCAUGGGACGAUUUCCAGCGUAAAUGUUUGAAUAAUGUUAAUGAGGAGGCAUUGAGGAAUUGUAUUGAUGAAGUCGACGAGCCAUGUGAAUUAGGAUGCGACGGUUUAUCUUUCUGUACAAAUUUCAACAAUCGUCCAACCGAACUGUUCAGAUCCUGUACGUCACUGGCAGAUGAAGCUGCAAGAAGUGAAGUAACCUUAUGGCAAAGCCAAAAAAAUUUAACUUUACCAGGACUAUUGAUUUUACCCCUGAAACCUGACGAAAAAUGUUCAAAUAUUUGGAAAGCUGUGGCGUGUACUCUACAAAUAAAACCGUGUUCCAGGCAAUUGCACGCCAAUCAAAUUUGCCGUGAUGUUUGUUUGGAGAUUUUGUCCCAAUGCGCUGACUGGUCAAGGAUAUCUCCAAUCUAUUCCGCUGAUAGCAUAUGCAAAUCCUUAUCUCCUGAUGAUCCAAAUAUGUCUUGUAUAAGAGUCAUAGAUUAUCUUAGUCCUUCGCCUAUCAAAUACCCAAGAAUAAGUGGUCAAGUUUCCAGUCCUUGCAAAGGUAACCCGUGUGAUACCAACGAAGUAUGUAUAAUAAACAAGGAAUGUAAUCAUGGUAUUGGUUGCAAACCUUACAUUUGCCAACCCGGUUGUAAACUAGGCGAAGUGUCUCAAUACAUGGUUCCAGACGGUACUCACGUUAAAAUCCCAAUUCCCAACAACGGGAAAGGUUGCCUGCAAAUUUGCAAGUGCAAGAGAAACAGAAUUGAAGAGUGUCAGCAGUUACUUUGCGUUUCUCUCACAUCGUGUUUAUUUGGAAGCAGUCAGCAGCUUCAUGGAUCUACGUUCAAUAUAGAUUGUAACAGCUGCAGCUGCUAUGCUGGCGAAUUAAUUUGUAGCAAAAAGCAAUGCGAGAACAAUUUGGUUGGUGGGAAAAAUACUGCUUACACCACGUUACCUUGUAACUGUCCUCCACAUUAUGUACCAGUUUGUGGAAGGAAUGGAAUUACUUAUCCUUCAGCUUGUUUAGCUAAAUGUUCUGGCUUAAAUGAUGCUGACAUAGAUAUAAUGCCUUGCCAGAAUCCUUGCAAACCAAACAUAUGCCCUAUAGGACAAAAGUGCGUUCCCAAUUUGCAAACUUGUUUGUCUCUUAUGCACAAACCAUGCAAACAAUAUACUUGCAUAAAUGGUUCAACAGAUUGCGGCACGCUUCCUUUGGACCCUGUUUGCGAUGUGGAUAAUCAACAAUACGAUAAUGAUUGCUUUUUAGUUCAUCAUAAUGCUAAAUUGGCUUAUAGAGGUCCUUGUUUAAAGCGGUGUAAAAAUAAAGGACAGGUUUGUGGCAUAAACGGUAAAACUUACAGUUCGGAGUGUGCUGCCGACGCUGACAUGGUAUCCGUAGACUAUGAGGGACCGUGUAUUUUGGUUGGAUUGAUUACAAAUGCUAAAUCCAGACAGUGUUCUAAUGUUAAGUGUCCUCAACUACCAGAAACAACAUGUUUAGGUAUUACUCCUCCUGGUUCCUGUUGUCCCCUUUGCGGAGGCUCUCUACGUUUGCUCUACAGCCGCAAGCAAAUCGAUAGAGCGCUCUACGCUCUACAAAACCACAGCACCGAAGCUGUCAACCUGAAAUCCUUGCUCAAAGGUCUGGAGAGGCAUAUUCAAGUGGCCCAAUGCACCGUUAGAGGCUACGUUACUGUAGAAACUGAUAUUUUUGUUACAGUUCAAUCAACAGAAAAACAUCCUUCUGCAUUACAACUGGAAGCUUGCGUACGCGAAGCUGAAAAAUUAGCAAGUUUGGUGAAUAUGAGAAGUCCUAGAAUUGCUAGUGAACUCAGCCUUAGUUCUUUGACUUUGACUAGUGUAGUGCAUACUCAAGCUACCACCAAUGGGCCUGUUGGUAGUAGUUGGGAUCCUGGAAAAAUGUCUGGUAGUGCGACCUCAAAUGAAACUAAAAUAUAUUUUUACUUGGCUAUUAUUGUUAAUUUGUUUAUUUGAUUUAUUUUAUAUUUUGGGCUAAUUUUUCAAAUAACUGUGAUAUAGGUAGGCAUAUUAGUUUAUCGACACAAACAUACUGUUUUAUAUUUAUAUUCACAAGAUUUCAAUAUUAACCAAAGAAUUAUUAAAAAGUUGAAGAGCUUUAAGAUAUUAUGACAAUAAUUUUAUGUUAGUUUUACGUUACCAAAAUAGUUUUUGUUAUCAUUUUUUUACUGUAAAUAUUUUUAUCAUUGUUUAAUGUUACUAUUCGGGCAUAGACAUAAUGUAAUACCUAAGUUUGUAAUAAAUAAAAGUUUUAUCUAA